AUCAAACCAAGAAGAAGAAAAAGCUCUGCAGGUGUGCUGGUGAAGAAACACCUGAGAUGGACCCGGACACUCUGCAACCUACGAGUGCCAAGCUGCCGUGGCUGGAUACCCGCGUUGCCUCCCUGUUCUUCACACUGCUGCGCUGGAUGAGUUCGUGAAUGAAACAACUCCUGUGCUGAACCAUCUGCUCAGGUAUUUUCUGGGGGAAUUCAAAUGUGGGCUAAAGUGUAAAUUACCGACGACUCACAGCUUCAUCUUAGCUGCUUUAUCACAUCUGCUGAUUCAUCAGGAUCUGUUCAUGAGGCAAAGGUGUGCUCACCAGAAAGCAACUCACAGAUGAGGACUGGUUCACGAGAAAUGCUCGAAGGCCCGGUAGCGGCUGUUCUUCAGCAGCAGCCUAACAGGGAUAUUUACCUGCAGGCGGUGGGUGUCCCUCUGCAUGGCCCGCAAGGUCAAGUUCCCUUCCUGACUCAAAGCUCCAGCAACUGCAGGAGAACCAUGUCUGAACUUGUUCCUCUGCUAAACUGUGCUCCAGAGCCUGUGGCCAGUCAUGACGAACGGAGGGAGAUGAAGGUGGAUAACAGCUCCACUUGUGAUACAACAAAUCCUGACUUAAAGCAGAAAGGACACAGCGGAAGCUCAGAAGUGACUCAUGGAAAAGACAUGGAGGUGUCAGACCAGGAGAACAGAGCUGCUGCUCAUAAUAAUUCUCAUUGUGGAGCCACAUCACCUCAGCAACAAGAAAGAAGCCCCAGUGUGUCUCCAUCAGAAGGCUGUUCAUCAGACGUGCUCAGAAUAGUGAAGCACCAGCCGAGCGUCAUCGUGUUCUGUGACUAUGAUUGUGACAACCGGGAGACUUUGUCCAACGAUAGCUCUGAUGGCGACGAGUCCUCCUCGCCCAACACGGAGGAGGGAGAGGGUGACAAUGACGAGGAUGAUGACUUUCCGGAGACGUUGCAAUAUAAGGAAUUCCUGGUCAGUCGUCGCCGUAGAAACUUGAGCAGGAACAGGAAGUGCUUGAGGAAGAGACAGGAUGCCCAGCCUAUUGGCUCCGCAGCUGGCCGCCCGAAGCCCACCAACCAGGGCAGAACCAAGUCCACAGGUGGCAGGGAGGAAGAGGAGAACAAUGGAAAACAGGCUGUGGCUUGUGACUCCAUGAAGCUGUUGAUGAACAAGUUGGUUCAUAUCAAUGAGGAGAACCAAGAAGUCCAAAGGGCUGAUUCCUCCAAACCAGAUGAGACCAAAGCUGAACCGGAGCAGCAGAGCACCAUGGGUGCCCCUGCUGUGGCCAGGACGGCGAGCCAAGCCCAGAGUCAGGAUCAGGGCAGCUGCAGAUCUCCAGACAAAUGUGAGCCACUGACUAGACGUCGCUCACGACCUUUGACUCGGAGCAGGCCCCUGAUCCGCUCGUCCCUCUCGUCCCCCUCUCACCUCCACGCUCGACGGGCCAGGGCUGCUGCAAGGAUCCCCAGCGGAUCAGCAGAGAUUGAGGCUAAGGAGGCUUGCGAUUGGCUUAGAGCAGCAGGAUUUCCACAGUACGCCCAGCUUUAUGAAGAUUCACAGGUUCCAGUUGACAUUUCCUCAGUGAAAAGGGACCAUGACUUCUUGGACGGGGAUCUGGUGGAGCCGUUAUGUCGACGUCUAAAUACUCUGAACAAGUGUGCCUCCAUGAAACUGGAUGUCAGUCACCCCAAGAAGAAAGGUUAUGACUCUGAUGAAGAUGACCCGUUGGCGAUCAGUAAACGGUGGACGUUUGAGUGGAGCAGCCGGCGCUGGUCUCGUCUACAAGACUUCCUGUUGGACAGCACCACUGACAGCAGCCCGACAGGUCAGGGGGAGGGUCUGCGCAGCACAGUGAGCAGCGAGAGCGUCCUGACAGACCUAAGCGAGCAGGAGAUCACGGAGAUCUCCUCGCUGCACAGUGAGGACUCGACCUCCGCCAUGCCCGACUCCAUAUCCAUGGCUUCCCUCUCCGCUUCCUACCAACCACCCAGUGAGCUUUCACACUACAACUCCCUGCCAAUCAAAAGCAGCCGCCAUGGGCAAGGAGGGCGGAGCAAAGCCAAAGAUUUUUUGCGUCGAAUGGAAGUAAUGCGCACCUGGGGGCCGUCAACGAGGCGGAAAAGCUCAAACCGACGCGCCGCCCUCGUCAUCAGUGGGCCGGUGUUACAGGGGGAGGAGCCUCAGGCACUGCAGGUGCUCCAGUGUACUCCCAUCAACCAAUUAGAACCCAGUCCUACACUUAUGCACCAAACUGAUGGCGACACUUCUGCUGACACACUCAGCAUUGAUUUUAAAGACCAAUCCAUGGUGAGAGUGAGCGCCAGCAGUGAGGCAGUGACGGCCAAUGUGAAGGAGCCGAGGAGCAUGAAACCACGCACAGCCAGCAAGAGAAGCAGCAUGUAUCUGGAGGACAUGGAGCUGCGUUCUCAGGGUAAGAGAACUGAUGGACAAAGUCAGUUUGGCAGAAACCAAUUUCAUUCGUAUGAAAACCUCCUCAUUCAUAUCCCCAAAGACCAUAAACCAGGCACCUUCCCCAAAGCUCUGUCCAUCGAGAGCCUGGCGCCUUCCCCAGGUGACAGGACCAAUGGCCCUCAGACACAGACCCAACCUUCUACACCCUGCAACGGCCUGGGUGAGCCCUGGUCCAACAAACCUCUCUCCAAGCCCCCCUGUCCCGGAGCUCCGCGGGGCAGCAGGGUGAGCGUGUACGACAAUGUGCCGGGCUCGCACCUGUACGCCAGCACGGGAGACCUGCUGGAUUUGGAGAAAGAGGACAACCUGUUCCCUCACCUGGAUGACAUCAUCCAGCAUGUCAGCGGUUUGCAACAAAUCGUGGACCACUGGAGCCGCAGCGUGCUGCCCGAGGGUGACACGGGGGAGGAGGAGGGGGAGGGCCGGACCACCCCCAGCGAAGGUGAGAGAGACGGCAUCUCCCUGAAUGAUACAGAUUCGACAGGGACCAGUCGGGAGAGGCGGGACUCUGGAGUUGGGGCCUCACUCACGAGACCACGUCUGCGAUGGCCCAGUUUCAGAACCUCUGAUCAUCUCAACCAGCCGGCAUCCUCGCUGCAGAUCAGCAGCCAGUCAGCAGGCCAGCUCAGCCUGCUGCAGAAGUUCUCUUUGCUCCGCCUCACUGCCAUCAUGGAGAAAUACUCCAUGUCUAAUAAACACGGCUGGACAUGGUCUGUGCCCAAGUUUAUGAAGCGCAUCAAGGUGCCUGACUACAAAGAGAAGAGUGUGUUUGGUGUUCCCCUCAUCGUGCAUGUCCAGCGCUGUGGUUUUCCGCUCCCUCUGUGUUUACAGCAGGCGCUCAGCCACCUCAGAACACACUGUCUGGACCAGGUGGGAUUGUUCCGCAAAUCGGGCGUGAAGUCUCGUAUUCAGGCUUUGAGGCAGCAGUGCGAGUUGUCCCCUGACUCCGUGAACUACGAGGACCAGUCAGCUUACGACGUGGCCGACAUGGUCAAGCAGUUCUUCAGAGACUUGCCUGAGCCUCUGCUGACAAGCAAGCUGGGGGAAACCUUCCUGCACAUUUACCAAUAUGUCCCGAAGGAGCAGAGGUUGCAGGCCAUCAGAGCGGCCAUCUUGUUGAUGCCGGAUGAGAACAGGGAAGUUCUGCAGACAUUGCUCUUCUUCCUGCGCGACGUCACUUCCCUGGUGGAGGAGAACCAGAUGACGCCGAUGAACCUGGCCGUUUGUCUGGGGCCUUCGCUCUUUCACCUCAGCAUCCUGAAGAACGAGACGCUGUCGCCAAGGUCGAUCCAGAGGAAGUACACCACUGGCCGUCCUGAUCAGAAAGACCUUAGUGAGAACCUGGCCGCCACUCAGGGCCUGGCACACAUGAUCACCGAGAGCCAGCGUCUGUUUCAGAUCCCAGAGGAGAUGGUGACCCAGUCUCGUAACUCCUACAUGGAGGCUGAGCUGAUGGUGCAGCCGCUGGACGAGCUGUGCAAGGCUAAUGAGGAGGACGUGGAUGAGGAGGAAGAGGAGGAGGAUGAGGAAGGAUCUUAUCAUGCACACAUAGAAGGCCUGGUCCAGAACCUGCUGAAAGAUGCCAAGGACAAGAGCAAAGUCUGGGUGUCACGCCCAACUGCUGACCAUUCAGAGCUGGCUUUUAAAAAGGUGGGAGAUGGUAACCCUCUGCGGCAGUGGCGUGUGGGCGUGGAGGUGCCUGCAACUCCCAAUGAGGUGCUGCAACGGCUUCUUAGAGAGCGCCCCCUGUGGCAGACUGAGCUAUGGCAGGAGAAGGUUCUGGAGACGCUGGACAGACAGACCGAUGUGUACCAGUACGCCUGCUGCAACAUGGCACCUCAUCCCAGCUGUGACUUUGUGGUACUAAGAUCGUGGCGCACAGAUCUGUGCAAAGGUUCCUGUGCGCUGGUGUGUGUGUCCGUGGAACACGAGGACAGCCCACGCAUGGGAGCGGUGAGGGGGGUUGUGCUGGAGUCGCAGUACCUUCUGGAGCCCUUUGGGAUGGAGAGGACCAGGCUCACACACAUCUCCAGAGUGGACCUCAGGGGAAGAUCUCCAGAAUGGUACAACAAGGCCUUCGGUCACUUGUGUGUUAAUGAAGUCCAGAGGGUCUGCUCCUCUUUUCUCCCUCCGGAUCAGACGAGCACUGAGGCCAAGAUCUGAACCCCAGGAAUCAAGCUUUGUCUUGGGUCACGCUGCCGAAGCAGCUGAUCCAGGAGGGGAAUCAACCAGGAAAUCGACUUUGGUGUCUUUUCAUGCUGCUGAGCCACACUGAGCCUGCCUGUACCAUAGUGUACUGAGUCACAGUCAUUCACACACACGAGAGUAUUUGUUUUAUCAUGUUAUCAUGCACAGGCAUCUUUAAACAUCAAGUCACUAAUUUAUUUUCCAGUGUACCGUAGAACAAACAUUUUAGUUUGUUCUUAUACAUAAUCAGCUCUUAACCAUGUGCAGUUAUUGGAAGUUAUUGUCCAGUUUCUUGAUCAAAUGAAACAGCCUGCGUCGGCAGGUUUGAUCAUGAGAUGUUUGCCAUAGUGUUUGGUUUAAUCUGCAACACCUUAAUUCAGUCCUUUGGUAAUUGUAAUAGAUUACUUAACUGAAGCUUACACACAAACUUAUUUUGUAGUUGUGUAUUGUCAAAGUUGGCAUGAAAUGUUACUCAUAUUGUACGCAAUCAAUACCAGUCCACUAAAUAUGCCUGAUAUUUUUUAAAUCAAGAUCCAUGGCUAAUUCUCUUGAACAUUUUGGAAAAUGAUCUGUCAAAGAAAGUGAAAUAAAUACCUUAUCAACUCUGGUAGAAAUUUAGUUAUGUAUAUUUUAUGUAACCUGCUAAAAAACAAACAAGUACACAAACCAAAAGUUCACGAAUGAAAACAUAACGUCUUCCGCAGACGCAGCAAUUUCUCUAUUUUCAUAGAAUAGACCUGAAAAACAGGAGAUAUUCUCUCCAGUCUGUUUUUGUCAUUUUAGACAUUGUCAAUUUCAAAAAGCCACAUUGACAAACAUCUGAUGAUGACAUCUUAUCUACAAUUAUUAUUUGAUUAAUCUUUUAAAAAACUAGUGGAAUCUGGAUUUUCUUAUACCUACAUUUAUAGCAUGCACUUAAUUAUUCUUUAUUAUUCUAGAGCCUUCUACAGAUACUGUAAAGAUCCAUAGGAAUGACUAAGACCAGUACAAUAUGGAUACAUGACAGCACUACAUUGUGAAAAGUGCGAUAGUUUCAGGAAAAUAGAGGACACAAGGGAUCUGGAUCACAGAAAAUGGGAAACACUCAUCGGGUCCAUAAAUGUGCUUUAACCGUGUUAUGGAAACAUUGAGUUGGAUAUCACUGUUGAUUUAGUUCUCUGUAAUUAUUUUCAGUGUUAAUCUUAUAUAAAUUAAAUGUUAUUUUAAAGUUA